UGAAUGGCAACAGCUGAGCAGGAGAACUUUAUCGGCAGCACUCCCUGCUUGUGUGUGUGUGCGUGUAUGUGUGUGUGUGAGGGAUUCAGGAGGAGCUGCAACCAGAGCAGUCUCGCUGGGCACUCUCUCCGCCGAGCUCACUGCUGUCCUCUCUUCCUCCGCCACUGGCCUCUUUUCAGUUUCCUCCCCUCCGCUCCCUUCUUCUUUUCCUCCAACGACUCGCUCCUGUGGAUUUCUUUCCCCGUCUCGCUGGCUGUCGUGACUCGCCGGCUGCCACUGCAAGGGAAGGAGAGAGCAGGAGGAAGAAGAGAAAGAGAGAGAGAAUCUGAGACAGACCAAUCGAUUACUCCGAUACAGAAGAGAGAGGCACUUGGAGAGAUAAGGAGAGGCAGCAUUUUUCCUUCCCGUUUUGGCUUAAAAAGGAGAUUUUCUUUGGCUUGUGUGGGGCUCUUCCGAAGCAUUUGAUUCACGUCCUUCCCUUGGAAAGAGAGGACAGCUAAUUGAAGGGACAGCUGGUGCAGUUUUGACACAUCAAGGACUCUUCUUUCCUCCCCUCUUCAGCCAAAACUGUCAACAUUCGGGACUUGGGAGGAGGACCUUUUGAAUGAGAAGUUCAAUGUUUACCAAAUAAUUUAUCUCCUUUCUGAACGAUAAUGCUGGACACCAACCAUUGCCUGUCUUUUGAGCCCUCCCCCCCGGGCUCUCCUCCAAUGGGAGAAGACAUGGAGAAGGCAGGACUGACUACGGAUCACGAAAGACUUGUCUAUCACAGCCUGAAAGAAGGUGGGCGAUCCGGAGCUACACAUAUCCUCCAGCUCAAACUCCAGCAGAGACGUACACGAGAGGAACUGGUCAGCCAAGGGAUCAUGCCACCACUGAAGAGCCCAGCAGCCUUUCACGAACAGCGGAGGAGUCUGGAGCGAGCAAGGACCGAGGACUAUCUGAAGAGGAAGAUCCGGAGUCGUCCUGAGCGCUCUGAGCUGGUCAGGAUGCAUAUUCUGGAGGUGUCCUCCACAGAGACGUCGGCAGAGCCGUCCCUGCAGGCCAAGCAGCUGCAGCUGAAGCGAGCGCGACUGGCCGACGACCUCAACGACAAGAUCUCCCACAGACCGGGUCCCAUCGAACUGGUCCACAAGAACAUCCUGUCUGUCGACUGCUCCGUGCACUCACCGCUGGAGGGAGAGAGCUCGUCUUUAGAUGAGGACAGCAGUGAUGCUCUGUCACCAGACCAGCUAACCAAUCACGACUCUCCGCUGAGUGCCGUUCCUCAGCUGUCCCCCUCUGACAUGCUCAUCCAGAACGGUUCCAUGUCCCCCACACAGUUCAUCACACAGUCCCCUCCUCCACCUCCUCCACCACCACCACCUCCACCACCACCUCCUCCCCAGGUGAACGGGUCAGACUCCUCCCCAUUCCCAAAAAUGGCAAACGGGACGACGGUGACCUUAACAAACUCCCGCCCCUCCACUGGACAUGUCAAGGUGCGGCAGUCUCAGGCUAAGACGAGUUCAGACCGUCCUCCCCAGAGACCUAAGAAACCAAAGGACAGCAAACCCAAGGUGAAGAAGCUGAAGUACCACCAGUACAUCCCUCCAGACCAGAAGGCGGACAAAGAGCGUCCGCCCCAGAUGGACUCGUCGUAUGCGAAGCUCCUCCACCAGCAACAGCUCUUCCUGCAGCUGCAGAUCCUCAACCAGCAACAGCAGCACUACAACUACCACACCAUCCUGCCCGCCCCUCCCAAGCCACCAAAUGAGCAGCCUCCCACAACCAACUCUGGCCCUUCCCCAUCCCGCAGCGUUCCCACGACGACCAACCACACCCCCUCCAGUCAGAGCGGGACUGCCCGUCAGAGCCAAACUGCAGUGGGAGGAGCCAAACCAGGCACUCUGCCAGCCAACCUGGAUGAGUUCAAAGUCGCCGAGUUGAAACAGGAACUGAAGUUGCGUGGUUUGACCGUCUCCGGCACCAAGAACGAUCUCAUCGAGAGGCUCCGCAACUACCAGGAGCAAAACGGUGGCACCGCGGCGGCUUUGAAAAAUGCCAGCCAGCAGGGCUCGACCUCUGCUGCUGGCAUCGUUACAUCCUCUCCAUCCAGGACUACCACCCCUGACCACCAAAUGGGAGAGUGUGGGUUUAAGUUAGAUUUGUCAUCAUUGGCUCAGGUGAUUCCAGGGCGCGUCAUGCGAUUCGGCAGCACAAGCUCCAGCCCUCCGGUGUCCCCUUCUCCGUCGGAGAGGUCGUUGGCUGGGAUGAGUCCAGAUGAGACAAGCUGUAAUGGAGACAUGUUUGGAGAGAUGGUGAGCUCUCCCCUGACCCAGCUCACUCUGCACCCAUCUCCUCAGCAUCCAUCAAACGUCUCUCUGCUCACCAAGGUCAAAGAGGAGAUCCAGAACUCAUGCAGCCUCUCCAGGCGUUCACCUGCCUCAUGUCAGCCUCCAGAGCCCCUGUCUGGUGUAGCCAUGGACACGUCCUCCUUGGACAAGGACCAGAUGCUCCACGAGAAAGACAAGCAGAUCGAGGAGUUGACCAAGAUGCUGAGGCAGAAGCAGAGGCUGGUGGAGACCCUCAGGUCCCAGCUGGAGCAGGGCAAGACGACAGGAGGAGUAGCGUCGGAGAAGGAAGGAAGUGAGAAGAGCAGAACAUCCCCAGAGGUUAAACUUCAAACUCUAAUAAAAGCCUCGGCCAUUCAGCCCCCCACCCUCCCCAACGGCAUCGUGGUGAAGGUGAAGAAGGAGGUGGAGCCCGAGGAGGACAUGGAAGGAGUAACGGAGGCAAAGAAAGCGGCCCAGCCGAUGCAGUGCUCCCAGGAGACCCUGCUCAGGCUGCAGCAGAUUCAUCGGCUGCAGAUCCAACAAGCCGAACAGCAGAAACAGAUGCUGCAGCCCAAACAGCAGGUGCAACUGCAGAAAGUGGCGGAGGCUAUGUCGAACCCUCAAAAGCUACAACAGCAGAAGAAAGAAGCCCAGAUCCUGCUCCAUCAGCAGCAGCAGCUGCAGCAGCUCAUCAUACAGCAAACCCAACAGAAACAGCUCCAGGCGCAGCAGAAGUUAGCACAGCAGAAACUCGCCCAACAGAAACUCAGUCAGCAGAAGCUGGCGCAGCAGAAUCAGCUCAAACAAACUCAAGGGCAAGUUCAACAGAGCCAGCAGAAGAACCAGGUUCAGCUGAAGCAAGUUCAGGUGCAGAUCCAGAAGCCUGCAGCGAUCCAAGCCCAGCAGAGGAAGCAGCAGAGGGCUCAGCAGAGGCAGCAGCAGAGACAACAGCAGACUGCAGCUGUCACCACACAACAGGCGACCCCAGUCUUCAUCAACCAACAGAAUGGCACUCAGAUCCAAACUCAGGCCAUUUCAUUAGACCUCCUCAAGGCAAAUGGCGCACCGACGCUGGUCACCGACAGCAACGGCAACCACUACCUGAUCGCCCUCACCAGUCCAACCACAGACGGGCAGAACGGAGUGUCAUCAUUGGCCAAACCCAACGGACGCAUCACACUGCAGAGGUUACAGUCGACUCCAAGUAAACUCCCCAGCACAGACAGCCAAUCGAAAGAGCCGCCGGAGGCCGAGCCAAUCAAAAAGGGACAGAAGGCAGGGCUGCACCUGGACACCAACGGCGUCCCACAACCCAGCCAGUCAGUCACCGCUCCGCCCAACCUGCAGCCUUUCUUUGAAGACAUGUCAGACAGUGAAAGCCAAAGCAACUUAAUCUCAUCUCUGAAGAGAGAGGAGGUGUGUCCGCCUUAUGACCGGCACACACUGUUCACCCCUCCCUCUCCCAAACCCAACACCUCCCUUCCUACUCAGCGCUCCAAACAAGAGAACGGCGUCAACAGCCAGCAGAUGGACGACCUGUUUGACAUCCUGCUCAAGAGUGGAGAAAUCCCCGGCUUCAAGGCCAACCCGGACCCUUCCCUCGCCCCUCUCCACUCCGACCCGCCCUCCCCAUGCUCUCCCCCAUCUCCCCUCCAUCUCUCCCCUCCCACCCCCACCCCUACGGAGCCCCUCCUCUCCCCUCAGCCUUCUGUGGGAGAGCCCUGCACAGGCAGCGGACGCCUGGAAGACUUCCUGGAGAGCACCACCGGCGCCCCGCUGCUGGGCGUGGAGCCCGACGGCGGCCUGACGCUGAUCGACGACCUCCACAGCCAAAUGCUGAGCACGCCCAGCAUCCUGGACCACCCUCCCUCCCCCAUGGACACGUCCGACCUGGGCUUCUCCCCCCACUCUACGGGGCUGGACUUUGGCGACCCCACCCUAGACAGCAUGGACUGGCUGGACAUCUCGAUGGUGGGGAGCGCCAGCGGGGGUAGAGGAGGAGGAGGCGGCGACGGAGGGACGAGUUUGGCCCCGCUGGUGCCGCACACUCCGCCGAGCGUCUUCUCCACCGAUUUUCUGGACAGCCCGGACCUGCAGCUGCACUGGGAGUCGUGUCUGUAGCCCCGCUCACAGAUGGACACACACUCGCUCACACGGUGUACAGACUCUGUCUUUAUUUCAUGCACAUAUAGAAACCUUUUCUAUGCUGUCUCUACCACUGCGGGGGGUCACUGGCACAUGCAAAACACACACACAUUUACACAGUUUGCCCUGUCUUUCACUGGCUGUUACUGUAUGCAGGAUGAAAUAAGCAAGGAACACAGAAGUUAAAUUCAUAGAAAGGACUUGAACUUGGUGGAACUGAAGUGGACUUUUUGAAACUUAAUUCUAUAGGGAUCAUACAGCAGACUGUUCAAGUCAAUGCUGAUAAAAUCCCAUUUCUUUCUAGAUUAAAAGAGAAUCAGCAGGAAGUUGUAGGUCACUGUAAUACAAUAUUUCAACUCUUGGAAACGGUUUGACAGAGUAGAGCUGAUGAGGGACUGUCUGUGACGUUUCCUCGGGCUCCUCCAGAUAGCAGAGUGUGUGUGUGUCAGUGCCUCCUAAACUUUGCACUUAUGCUGAAUCUGAUUGGUUUAAAAUGGCGGGGGGGUGUUUGGGUCAACAGUCGAACCUUAACACUGUCUGAGGCUGAAUGAAAGCCACCAUGCGUAAUGUCGAUCAGCUGAGCCGUCGAUGGGGUGACCUCGUCACCUCAUCGUGGCAACCUGGACCCCACCCACACUAGUCAAAAAAACACAACCGUCAUUGGUUGAAAGUUGCUUUUGAAAUGAACCAUAUCAGUGGCAACAGUUUGAAUUGAAGCCUCAUUGGAGGUUGCGUAUUAUUGGUAACAUUAUGGUAGACCACUAUGUAUUGCUGUAUAUGGGGUGUAUAUUAUCAAUUGUCCAUAUGACUAUUUUUCUUUGCUGGUUGCUUUAGAGUCGAGCUAGCCGGCUGGGGAACAUAGGGUGAGGGCGGGGCUUCCAAAAAGACUUGGACCUUGUCAUUUUUUAAAGAAAAAAAAGUGUAAAAAAAUAAACAUAUUAUAAAAACUCAAAA